GCCUCUUCCUGUUUGGGGUUGCCCCCACCUCUUUUCCGGGGGGUGGGGAGAGAAAAGCUGGAUUUUUUGCAUGCCUAUUGGAAGAGGCAGAGAGACACCCUGUGAAGUAGGUGGGGCUGAGGGAGCUCUGAGAGAGCUGGCCCAAGGUCACCCAGAUGGCUGCACGUGGAGGAGGAGUGGCAAAUCGAGGCCUGUUCUCCCAGAUUAGAGUCCGCUGCUCUUAACCACUACACCAAGCUGGCUUUACAGACACCCACACAGGACAUAAGAUUUUUCCCCCUCCCUUGUUCAGAGAGUGGACACUCCUGUAAAAAGUGGCUGUAAAAAGAAGACAUGCAGGAGAAUGCAAGGGAUGUGGCGUCUCUGGCAUUGCCAAUAAAAUCGAAGGGGAGCUCUCCGAAGAGGUGUGCCCUGAGUCGGAUGAAAGAACGUGUGUCUUCUUCAGAAAAAGUCAAGGAUGAACUUUCCUCAAAACCCAAGGCCUGUAAAACUAGGCCAAGACCUGGUGUGAGUCAAGAGGGUUGUCCACAGAGGACCUCUCCAGAGUUUGCAGAGGAUUUUUUUGGCUGUGCUACAGUUAAAUGUGAGGAGGAGCUUGGGUCCUCUGAAGACCAAGGUGAGGGAGGUGAGCUUGACAGCAGAAAUGACGAUUGCCAUUGGGAAGCCUCCAAGCAAGGGAAGCUACAUAUGUCAGAUGGAACAGCCAGAAGGAAUGUUUCCAAAAGUCCUGAAGCUGCUAGAAGUCCACAAGGGCCAUGGGGGAAAGAGGAAGACAACUUGAAGAAGAGAGACAGUGACUUUACUCCUUGCCAAGGAAGUAGAAUUGCAGGCCAGGAAGGAACCUAUGAAAGUGAGAGACAGGAGGUGUUAACGCAGUGGAAGGACAGCUCAGACCGUACUGCGAAUGAUGGAGCCCAAACAGAGGAGAAAAUAUACCAGUGCUUAUAUUGCGGGAAGUCUUUCAACGCUCACUUUAAACUCAUUAGACAUCACCGAAUCCACACGGGAGAGAAACCGUACAAGUGUCUGGAUUGUGGUAAGAGCUUCGACCAGAAGGGAAACCUUAUUGCUCAUGCAAGAAUCCACACAGGAGAGAAACCAUAUGGGUGCUCUGACUGUGGGAAAAGCUUCAGCCAUAAAGGAAGCCUUGUUUUGCAUGUGAGAAUCCACACUGGAGAGAAACCCUACAAGUGUCCUGAUUGUGGAAAACACUUCAGCCGGUUAGGGUCCCUUAAAGAACACGAGAAAACCCACACAGGAGAGAGGCCAUAUACAUGUUUAGACUGUGGGAGGAGCUUCCGGAAAAUUUCUGAGCUUACGACACAUCACAGAUUCCACACGGGAGAGAAACCGUAUAAAUGUUCAGGCUGUGAAAAAUCCUUUAGUACAAGCUCUAACCUCAUUGCUCAUCAGAGAACCCACACAGGAGAGAGACCAUAUAAGUGUUCUGAGUGUGGGAAGAGAUUCAGCCAGGCUGGGAACCUAAAGGAACACGAAAGAACUCACACUGGCGAGAAGCCCUAUAAAUGCCCAGAAUGUGGGAAAAGCUUCAGACAAAUCUCUUACUUCAUUAAACAUCAUCAAACACAUCUAGCUGAUGAGAGCGUGCUCAUGGAAGAAAAACCAUACAAGUGUGUCGAUUGUGGGAAAGGUUUUGGUGAGAAAGCGAGCCUCAUCAGACACCAGAGAAUCCACACGGGAGAGAAACCCUUCCAGUGUUCAGACUGUGGGAAAAGCUUCUGUUUGAAGUCCAACCUUGUUGUACAUGUGAGAAUCCAUACAGGGGAGAAACCAUACAAAUGCUCAGAGUGUGGGAAAAGCUUCAACCAGACAUCAAGCCUUCAUAACCACGAGAGGACCCACAAAGGGGAGGAGCCUUAUAAAUGCUUAGCGUGUGGGAAAAGCUUCAACCGGCCAUCUCAGCUUAAAGCCCAUGAGAGAAUCCAUACCGGAGAGAAGCCAUACACGUGCUUGGAGUGUGGGAGGGGCUUCAUUUACAACCAUCACCUUGUCAGACAUCGGAGAAACCAUACUGGAGAGAAGCCAUAUCAGUGCUCCGAGUGUGGGAAAGGAUUCGGUCUGAAAUCGACUCUUAUUAAGCACCAAGACAGUCACACGAGAGAGAAACCGUAGCAGAGUUUCAGCUAGGUGUAGUAAAACAUGUGA